GCUUCCUGGCACAUCUCAUCUCCUUCAAUCUCUACUUUAUUUCAGUAGAAGAAAAUAAUCAUGGCCAGCAAAUCGCUUGGGCUUCUCUUUUUGCUGCUCGUUGUCUUGGCUUCUCAAGAAAUGGUGAAGCCAGCAGAGGGAAGAGUUUGCGAGUCACAGAGCCACAAGUUCCACGGGCCAUGCUUGGGUGACCACAACUGUGCUUUGGUGUGCAGGAAUGAAGGUUUCUCCGGCGGAGAUUGCAAAGGACUCCGUCGCCGGUGUUUCUGCACCAGGCUUUGUUAGCUGCUGCGCGCGCAACCACGUACGUACGGCCGGCCACAUGCAUGCAGGAGGAGGAGUAAUCAUCAUGAAUAAAAGCCGUAGUAGUUGUUGUAGGUGUAGGGGUACGGUUUGUGUAUUUGUGUUGUGAAAGCGUAAAUAAGCAUUCUCUUCCGUUUGGUCGGGUGUCAUCUAGUCAUGACCUCCUUGCCCGAUGGAAUUGUGUGUUUUCAGCUUUUUAUUCCAGUUAAGAAACUAUAUUUGCCUUUUAUUUUA